AUGGCGCUGUCAAUGGGUUCAAAGGCUCACGUCCACGCCGGUGUCACCGCAUCACAAGCCCGCCUGGUCUGCGUCCGCCGCCCCGUCGCGGCGCGCGCCGCCAAGCACGACGAGCAGCCGCCCUCUGCCGCUGUGCCCCGCCGUGCCGCACUGGUGGCUAUCGCGGCAGCGCCAGCCGCGGGCCUGGUGCGCGUGCCUCUCGCGGCCGCCGAGGCGGCGUGCACCGACCUGCGCCAACAAGCCGCGGCCGCUCCGCGCCGCGCCGCGCCGCGCCGCGCCGCACGCACGCAGAUCGACACCCCAUCAGGCCUCAAGUACUGCGAGAUCGCCGAGGGCACCGGCAAGGAGCCCGUGAAAGGCGCCCUGAUCCGCGCCCACUACACCGGCCGCCUGGCUUCCAAUGGGAAGGUGUUUGACUCAUCAUACACCCGCGGCCGCCCCCUCACCUUCAAGGUCGGUGCUCGUGAGGUCAUCCGGGGCUGGGACCUGGGCAUCUUGGGGGACGAGGGCAUACCCCCCAUGAAGGAGGGCGGCAAGCGGCUCCUCGUCAUCCCCUCGGACCUGGCCUACGGGGACCGCGGCGCCGGCGGCGUCAUCCCUGGCGGCGCAACCCUCGAGUUCGAGGUCGAGCUGCUCGGCCGCCGCUGA